UGGAGGGCGGGAAGGCCUGGUCGCGCACCACGCGCGGGGCCGCACAGCUUUGCCGACUCAGGCCUGGUCCGUCCUUUUGGAGAUCCAUUCAUGGGACCCUGCAAUGGCCAUCAGGACCCUGAUGAGCAAGGGCCAGGAAUCAGUGACCUUCAAAGAUGUGGCCGUGGACUUCACCCUAGAGGAGUGGGGCCACCUGGGGCCUGGCCAGAGGGAGCUGUAUCGCGACGUGAUGCUGGAGAACUACCAGAACCUUCUCUCUUUGGGGGCAGGGUUUCCUGGGGCCAAACCCGAUGUGAUCUCCCAUCUGGAGCGAGGGGAAGAGCCCAGGAUGGAGAGGAGAGAAACCCAGCAAGUUACCUGUCCAGACUUGGAGACAAGCUCUGCAACUAAUCAGGAGAUGCUUCCAAAAAAGAAUAUUUCUGAAGAGGUGGCUUCCCCAGUGGCAAAGAUGGAGGGAGUUUUGAGGGCAAUGCUUGGAGAUGCCAAACUGGGGGAGUCCUGGAUGUGUGGCUGUCAGCUGGAAGACCAGGACAAGCAGGAGAGCUGUUUGGGAUGGUUGUUCGCUCCUCCCAAGGAAGAUACCCAUGGGGAGAGGGGCCUUGGCUGCAGUAAGCUUAGGAGAAGCUUCAAGAGGACCUCAGCCUUCAUCAGGAAGCAAAGAGUGCCUGGGGGAGAGAGGCCUCAGAAGUGGACCGGGUCAAGAAAGAGCCUCAAAUGCCAAAGGACCUUUGUAGAGAAGAAGCCAUUUAUCACGGAAUGUGGGAAAGCCUUCGUCUACCAUUCUGACUACAUUCUACACCAGAGAAUUCACACUGGAGAGAAGCCCUACAAGUGUAAUGAUUGCGGGAAGGCAUUCAGCAACAGCUCGUAUUUCAUCCAACACUGCAUCCUCCACACGGGAGAGAAGCCCUACGCCUGCAACAAGUGCAGCAAGACCUUUACCCAGAGCUCAUCACUCACUGAGCACCAGAGGAUCCACACUGGAGAAAAACCCUACAAAUGCAAGGAGUGUGGGAAAGCCUUCACCCAGAGUUCCUCCCUCAUCAAGCACCAGCGAUGCCACACAGGGGAGAAACCCUAUAAAUGCCACCAGUGUGGGAAGUUCUACUCCCAGGUGUCCCACCUCACCCGCCACCAGAAAAUCCACACAGGAGAGAAGCCCUACAAGUGCAACGAGUGUGGCAAGGCUUUCUGUCACACCUCCUCCCUGACUCAGCACCAGACAAUCCACACCGGAGAGAAACCCUACAAGUGUAACGAGUGCGGGAAGACUUUCAGCCACAACUCAUCUCUGACGCAGCACCAGCGAGUUCACACUGGAGAGAAACCUUAUGAGUGCCCUGAGUGUGGCAAAGCCUUCAGCCACAGUUCAUUGCUGAUUCAGCAUCAGAGAAUUCAUACUGGUGAGAAGCCCUAUGAGUGUCACGAUUGCGGGAAGGCUUACACCCAGAUCUCCCACCUCAUGAGGCACCAGAGUAUUCACAUGGGGGAGAAACCCUAUAUAUGUAAUGAGUGUGGAAAGGCUUUUGGUCACACCUCCUCCUUUACUCAACACCAGACAAUUCACACUGGUGAAAAGCCCUACAAGUGUAACAAAUGCGGGAAAACCUUCAGCCAGAACUCCUCGCUUACACGCCACCAGCGAAUUCACACCGGGGAGAAGUCCUAUGAGUGUAAAGUUUGCAGGAAGGCAUACACCCAGAUCUCCCAUCUCAUUCAGCACCAGAGGACUCACACUGGAGAGACACCUUAUGAGUGCUGUGAGUGUGGGAAAGCCUUUAGCCGAAGCACCCAUCUUAUCGAGCAUCAGAAGAGCCAUACAGGUGAGAAACCCUAUAAGUGUAAGGAGUGUGGGAAAACGUUCAGUCACAGCUCUUCCCUCACUCAACACCAGAGGAUUCACACUGGUGAGAAGCCCUAUGCCUGUAAGGAAUGUGGGAAAGCCUUCAACCAGAGCAUCCACCUUAUUCAACACCAGAGGAUUCACACUGGGGAGAAGCCCUACAAGUGUAAGAACUGUGGGAAAAUGUAUACCCAGAUCUCACACCUCAUUCAACACCAGAAAGUUCACAGGGGUGGCAAGCACUCUGCAUGUAACAAGUGUGGAGAGGAUUUCAGCUGGGGAUUACACCUGGCAGAACACCAGAGACUUCAUACUAUGCAUGGUGGCUAUGUCUGCGGUGAUUUUGAAAAAGCCAUUUCUUGGAGCAUGCAGCUCGCUGAUCAGAGAACUCAUGCUGACUAGAGAGCCUGUGAGUGAAACAGACUGGUGAUUCUGCUGUUGGAGUCCAUUCAGCCUUCAUCAGCAGUUGUAACUUCCUCCCAGAGAGGAGCCCUAACACUAUGUAUUGAGAGAGUUGGUUCCUUUAUUUUCCUAGAAGGAGGAUGGCACCAUUUAUCACCAGCUAGGACAGCUUCUGAUCAUUUAAAGGGCUUCACCCUAAACCCCUGGCUUCCCCCCUAUUUCUCAGCCUUUCAGUGUCUCCAGGAGGUGGUAGGUAUGGGGUGGUCUAAAUGAGAUGCAUCUUCAUCUGGGAUCUUUAAUAAGGUCUCUCAGUUUUCUGCUGUUUCUCCCUUUCUGUUCUUAUGAAAUCUAUGAAAACUGAAAAUGUUAGUCAUUCAUGUCCAAGUCAUGAGUCAUGUCAAGAGUCAAGAGUCAUGUCCAACUCUUUGCAACCUCUUGGACUAUAGGCCACCAGGCUCUUCUGAUGGAAUUUUCCAGGCAAUACUGGAGUGGGUUCCUGAGUUGGGAAGAUCCUUUGGAGGAGGGCAUAGCAACCCACUCCAGUAUUCUUGCUGGGAAAAUUCCAUGGACAGAGGAGCCCGGUGGGCUUCAGUCUAUGGAGUGGCAAAGAGACACAGCUGAAGUGACUGAGCAUGGUAUGGCACGUCUAAAAUAUUUAUUGGUAUAAUCACAGAUAUGUGAUUUUAGAAACAACUUUUUAACUUGAUAUAAUGUGAAUAUUUUCCCAUGACAAUGCAAAAAAAUAUAUAGUACAUAUUGUACAAAAAUAAUAUAUAUAUACAUGUGUAUAUAUCUGUGUCAUCAUUUGCCGUUUUUAACAGCUGCAUAAUAUCUCAUGCUAGUUUCUUGAAUUUACUUAACCAACCUCUGUUAAUGGAUAUUUGUUUUAUUUACUUUUUCAUCAUUGGACAUACAUUAUUUAACACUUGUGCAAAUUAUCCCCAUAAGAUGAAUUCCUAGAAGUAAGCUUAUGGGAUCACAGAAUGUCCAUAUUUAAAAUUUUGAUAGUUAUUGCUAAAUAAUCCUCAGAAAAGGAUGAACCAAUUUACAUGACUCCUGAAAGUGUAUGUGAGUGCCUAUU